AUGGACAACGACAGUGAGCAAAAAGUGCAGCAGAAGAAGGAAAAGCCUCUUCACGAGCUCCUGACCUCCUCCCUCGUGGAUAUCUACGUCGGCGCAGAGUCUACCCACUGGACUAUUCAUGAGAGACUUCUCACCUAUCAUUCGCCAUUCUUCUCUUCCAUCUUCUAUGCAGACGACAAGAAGGAAGAGAAGAAGAGCCGAGGCAACAAAUCCUACGGCCUUCCCGAUGAAGACGACUAUCCCUUCGAACUUCUCGUUGGCUGGCUGUACUCGCGAUCCAUCCGCCAGCCCAAGGACGAAAAGGACAUUGGUCCACUCCUCGACCUCUACCUCCUCUCCGAGAAGUUCCAGAUGAAGCAACUCGGACUGGACAUCGUUGAGCUCGCCAGAGACUACUAUCAUAGCACCUCCACAUACCCAGGUCUCCGCCGCGUACAGUACGUCUACGCCGAGACAGACGAAGACAAUGAAAUGCGCGAGAUGAUGGUCUCUUCAGUUGCAAGACAGUUGACCACGAGUGAGAAGAUCCCUGUCCACUGGGCCCAGGCACUACAGCGCAAUGGUCAAUUGGCCGUUGACAUCAUUCGCGCAAUUCAACAAUGGCACAUUGAAGAGCGUAGCAUUCCCGAUGCCCGAGACGGCAGCCGAGCCCGAGGUCGACAAGCCAACGGACUCGGGUUCAGCUCGGUCGAACGAGAGGGCGAGUCAGUCGAGACAGCAGGCACCGACGAUACCAAUAUGGGAGUCGAAAGUCUGAACAGUGGGAUGAGCGAUGUUCAACUAGGCAAGAGCGACGCAGAAGAGUAA